AUGUCGGCGAGUCGUCCUAAGCGCGCAAAUGCUAAUCAGCACCCUGCACAGAUCCUUCUCAAUAGCACAACUAAACGACGCACCUCUGCUCAAGUCAAGGCUGAUAACGAGGCAGCAGCUGCCGUUGUUGCAACUACUGCCUCAGUCGCAGCGACUAAGGAAGCCGUGACAAAGGCUCGGAUUGCCCAGCUCGAGGACAGCAUCCGUGCUGCAGACCGAGCAAGUGCUGGUCAAGCUAUGCGUCCUGACCUUCAUAAGUCAUCAACAUCUACCAACCGUGUGACGACAGCACCAGUUGGGGCCAUGGCACCUGCGCUAGUGGACGACUCAGCAGGGAUUCCAGUCAUCCACCAGAAAGGACUUACUUACCGUGUUACACGUCCACCCUCAAGCGCGUCGAUGAGAUCCGAAGAACCAGUUGAGAACAUGGCCAUUGAUGUUGAUGCAGAUGGAGGCGUCUCAGAUGGCAUGACGGGCAUCCCCCCUGAGUCGAUGGUUGACAGCGAGAGCGAUGGUUUGGGAGUUGGCGAGUGGGAAGACAAAGGAGAAGACGAUGAAGACUUCGUGAUGCAACAGAACCAAAGUGAUGACGAAGAAGCUGUACCAAUUUCUGUAAAAGGCAAACAGGUCGCAAAGGGCAAAAAGAACAAGGCACCACCUCGUGGAACGUUUCGUCAAGAUAUUCAAGAACUCUGCCAGAAUCCAGCCAUCGCUGGCGCUGUUGUAUCAACAAACAAACGCAAGGAUGUUGUGACGGUUGACGAGUGCGGAAAGAAAACAGAUGGUGGGUUACUUCCUGGCUGGAAGAAGCAGGUAGGGUACCAGCCAGGCAUGAAGAAACAAACCCUGCCUGCUCGAAACGUCGAUAAUGAUCAAGACGACUGCGAUAAGUUGGGUGAGUUCGAUCAGGAGGAAACCCCGGAAGACCUGGCUGCUGUGCGAGCGUCGAAACCGUCAAUGGUUAAGAUUCGAGAGGGGCAAAAGGGGGUCGAACUGUCCUUACGAGUUUACGAGUAA